GAGAGAAGUUAUUUCACUUUAGAAACCAUGUGUCAGAAGAAAGAGUUGUUAAUAGUUCUUUCGUUUCUUGUCCCAUUUUGCAGUUCAAUAGACACCAUCUCCUUUAACAACUCUCUCAAAGAUGGAGAUUUAUUAAUCUCUUCUGGAAAAUCCUUUGCUUUGGGUUUCUUUAGCCCUACUGGAAAUUUCCCUGGAAAACGUUAUGUUGGAGUUUGGUACAACAAUGUUCCUGAACAAACUGUUGUUUGGGUUGCCAAUAGAGACAACCCCAUCAAUGGUACAUCUGGAAUUCUUACUAUUGACUCUACUGGAAAUCUUGUUAUACUCGACAUGAAAACGAAAGUUUCAGCCUGGAAAACAAAUAUUUCUUCAGCAAAGAAUGGAGCAGACUUGUACAGUGCUAAGCUGUGGGAUUCAGGGAAUUUCAUGUUGUUUCAGGACCCGAAAAUGGAUAUUAUUGCAUGGCAAAGCUUUGAUUAUCCUACCAAUACUCUACUUCCUUCAAUGAAAUAUGGGAUAGACAAAAAAACAGGUUUAAACCGGUUUCUAACAUCAUGGAAAUCAUUGAACGACCCAGGCACCGGAGAGUAUCGUUACAUAAUGGAGUUCAAUGGGACACCUCAAGUAUUCUUGUAUAAGAACUAUAGCAGGAUAUGGCGGACAGGAUCCUGGACUGGUCAUGGUUGGAGUGGUGUACCGGAAAUGAGCCCAAGAUUCAUCUUCAGCCUCAGUUAUGUGGACAAUGAUAGCGAGGUUUCCAUGACAUAUUACAUAAAAGAUACUUCCAUAAUCUCAAGAAUGGUCUUGAAUGAAUCUGGGAUGUUGAACCGGGUAACUUGGCAAGAGAGUGAGCAGAAAUGGGUGCAAUUUUGGUUUGCGCCUAAGGACUCGUGUGACAAUUAUGAACAUUGUGGAGCAUUUAGCAAUUGCAAUUUGUUCAAUUUGGGUGAAUUUGAAUGUAGUUGCCUUCCGGGGUAUGAGCCGAGGUUAAGCCGACAAUGGUACUUGAGAGAUGGAUCCCAUGGAUGCUUGAGGAAGAAAAAUGAAAAUGUGUGCAACAGUGGUGAAGGGUUUGUUAAGUUGAGUCAUGUGAAAAUCCCGGAUAUAGAUGCAGCUCUGAUGAACAAAAGCAUGGGGUUGAAGGAAUGUGAACAUUUCUGUCUGAAAAAUUGUUCCUGCACAGCCUAUGCAAGUGCUAAUAUUAGUGAAGGGGGAAGUGGGUGUAUCACUUGGUAUGGUGAGUUGAGAGACAUAAAGCAAUUUACAGAUGGGGGCCAAGAUUUCUAUAGCAGAGUCUCUGCAUCUGAUUUAGCACAAUUCUCCAAGAACACAAAUAACAAUCACAGGAAAAGAGUGACAGCAAUUCUAGUAGGGUCUGCUGCAGCAAUAAUUCUUGGAAUAUUUUUGGCAUAUUUUUUGGUGAUUAGUAAAAGGAUAAAAGAUAAGAAGAGCCAUCCGAAUACAUUAAACAAAAAUUUAGCAUCCUGUGAAUCCAUGGAUGAAAGUGAACAAACAGAAAUCUCAAUCUUUGACCUAAGCACAAUAAGUAAUGCAACUGAUAACUUCUCUGUUGCUAACAAACUUGGUGAAGGAGGGUUUGGUAGCGUAUACAAGGGUCACCUGAAAGAUGGACAGGUAAUAGCUGUCAAAAGACUUUCAGUAACUUCAGGGCAAGGAACAAAGGAGUUCAGAAAUGAAGUCACACUAAUUGCAAGACUCCAGCACAGAAAUCUUGUGAGGCUUUUAGGAUGUUGCAGUCAACAAGGAGAGAAGAUGUUAGUUUAUGAAUACUUGCCAAACAAAUCCUUGGAUAGUUUUAUUUUUGAUAAAACAAAAGGGUCUUUGUUGGAUUGGGAAAAACGGUUUGAAAUCAUCCACGGGAUUGCACGAGGAAUGUUAUAUCUUCACCAAGACUCUAGACUGAGAAUUAUACACAGGGAUCUAAAAGCAAGCAAUGUUUUACUAGAUGCCUCCAUGCAACCAAAAAUAUCAGACUUUGGAAUGGCCAGAAUUUUUGGAGUUGACCAAAUUGAAGCAAACACAAAUCGAGUUGUUGGAACGUAUGGUUAUAUGUCACCUGAAUAUGCAAUGGUAGGACACUUUUCAGCGAAAUCUGAUGUCUUCAGUUUCGGGGUUCUGUGUUUGGAGAUUAUUACUGGCAGAAAGAACAACUCUCAGUAUGAUCAGGAGAAAUCUCAACAUUUAGCUGGAUAUGUGUGGGAUUCUUGGAAGAAUGAUAAAGCUUUAGAUGUUGCUGAUCCAUUGUUAGGGGACUCAUAUGAAGCUUGUGAAGUUUUGAGAUGCAUCCACAUCGGCCUUUUGUGUGUACAAUCAUUUGUAGACGACAGACCAACCAUGUCGGAAGUGGUCUUCAUGUUGUGCAAUGAAACCAAACUUCCUUUCCCUAAAGAACCUAGCUUUAUAUUCAGAUCACAGAAAUAUGGUUCAGUUACACCGUCUUCAUCAGCAAGUAUAGGAACAUCUGUUAAUGACAUGUCUAUUUCUACAAUUCAUGGUCGCUAGAGUUUAUGUUAAGCAUUUACCAGUGAUAUAACAUUGUCUGAAAUACAUAUCAAACUGUACUUAUAAUUGUUUCAUGCAUAUUAGCUAGGGUUUGACCCCGAAACAUUUGGUUCUACAGAAUUCGUGAAUGAAUUGUUGGAUUCAAUAUUAUAUUUGACACCUAUUUUGGAAAAAA